AGACGCUGUUGCGCAACUGACAAGUAGAUACUUUAACAUUUGUCACAAUGAAAAAUAUACUCAACAUUUUACUAUUUUAAGUUAAAAAUUAAUUAACAGAAGGACGGCGUAAAAGUGCGCGGCUGGAACGGUGCUAAAUGCGCGGAAAUACGGAUUUGUGUCAACAUAAUCAGCUGGGUGCCAUUUUGUUUAACAGUUAAAACAUAAACAUGGAAAUCGACUUCUAUCACAAAGUUUGACCGUAAUCUUUUGUGUUAACAUGGAAGAUGCAUUUUAAGUGUUGAACCGAUGCAUCAAAAAUGGCUGGAAAUGAGGGUGCAAACGCAGAACUAUUUACUGGCUGGUCUUCAGUGUUCCACCAACCAUCUGAAGAACCAGAGGAAUCUGAACUGCCCAGCACAGUUGAUAUGGCUGCUUUCAGCACUGAAUUAAAUGUUGAACCAACCAGUAACACACAAAACAAUGACAACAGUGAUUCAGACAGCGAUUCAGAUGGAGACUCAAGUAACUCUGGAAGUGAUGCUUCCCAAUCAUGCAGCCAGUCCGAUUCUUCGGACUCGGACAGCUCCACAUCUAGCCAAGAGUCCUCAUCUAGGAGCCCAUCACCUGAGUUUUCUGUCACCAGUUCCCAAACUGACGGUUUGAGACUGACCAUACAGACAGUCCGAAAGUCACCUAGCAGUCCAAUUAAUGAAAAAAGCAUGGACAAAACUGGAGACAAGUCUUGCAAAAGUGGCAGCUCCAGUUCAGGCAGUCCGGCCUCCACGGAUUCAGACAGUGACUCAGACUCAUCAAAAAGUGACUUGCCAGUGCCUAAAAGCAGUGUUAAAAGUUUAAGGGAUAAUGUUAAGAAACCAGUGAUCAAAACAAGAACUAGAGUUAUUGAGAAGAAAGAUGACAAGAAGGUUACAAAGAAGGAAACAUUGUCCUCUGCCAAGGGGGCUAAUGGCAGGGCAAGAGUCAAGAAAAAGACCAAAAAGAUGGCUUCACUGCCUCUUUCGCGAGGUUCGACCUAUUCGAGUUCGGACUCGGACGAUUCGGACGCCGACAGUGCCAUGCUCGCCCAGUGCAGCCUCCAGGAGAUAAGCCAGGAGGAUCUGGCGGUCAUACUGCCCGAACAGCAGGAAUGCGACGCCUUCGGCGACUUCGAGUGCAACAGGACGGACAAGAACUCGCCACAGACCGGAGAGUUGUCCGGUUCCGACAUGGAGUUGCCUCAGCAGGCGGUCAACGCCCUCAUCCAGAGAACCACGGAAAGUUCGAGUGAAUCGGAGUCCCACGCGCCUCCGCCGCCCAGCUCGUUGUACGCCAACAGUUUGCUGCAACAGUUCGUCGCCCAAACGCAGAUGUUGAACACCACCACCAUUCCGGCGUCAGAUGGUGCGAACAAGUCCACCGGCAACGCCAACGCAGGGGAUAAUGCAAGCACCAAAACGGAGGUUGAGUCCACAAAGAAGCGGCGGGGGCGACCCAAAAAAGUUGACAAAGCACUGGAAGCAAAGGAGAAGGCUCUCUCGUCGGAUUACUGUGCUAAUCCGAACGUGUCGCCCGAUUCCGGUAUACAAAAUAGUCCAGAUCACGUUUCCAGUCCGGAACCCCAGCUCUCUCCCAACAUUAAAAUGAAAGGCAAGGAGGACAUGAAAAAAUUAAGUACAAAUGACAAAGCAAAGUCUCAAAGAUGUGAUAAAUCCGGUAAAUCAGUGACAAAUGUAUUUAAUAAAAGUUUACCUAGUGUUAGCAAAUCAAAGGACCUUAAUAAAUUGCCAGUGACAUCCAAUCGUUUUGACCGAGUUUUAUAUGCCAAUACAGAUAGGGUAUUGUAUCCGCCUAGGCGAAAAGUUGGCAGGCCCCCUAUUGUUAAAAAAGGUCCAGGUCGACCUCCAAAAAACAAACCUCAAGUUGAAUCUCAACAAGAAAAUAAACAACAGGAAAAGGCUUCAGACAAAUCGAAACUACUGAAAACUAAACACAAUAAGAAUAACAAACCAGUCUUAACGACAAAAAAUAAGCUGGAUGUUAUGAAAAAUAAGAGCAUCGUCUUAAAGAACGCGAAGCUUAUGCACAGCAAACACAAGAAACACAAACAUAAAAAAUACAAGUUCAAAAUACUAAAACCUAUCGGUGUCGUAGAUCCAAAAAUCAAUAUUGAAAUUGAAAAACUUAUAGCAGAUUUUGUGAAGCACUGUGUUAUAGGCAGCAUAAAGACAAGAGAAAAUUUACCAGAUAUUAUAAAAACAAUGAAGAAAGUCUCUAAGAAAAGAAAAACCACCGAGUAUAACGAAAAAAAGAAAAAGAAACAGAAUGUUAAUACGACAGUUAGUAAAGUGAAUAACUCGAAUAACUCUAAUGAACAGAGAUUGCCUCUUAAAAAGAGGCAUUAUCAUCUAUCUGUAAAUAACGAUAAGGCUGAUGAUGAAAAAAUUGAAACUAAAAAGGAGGAAAAGGAUUCUCUUGAAAUUAAAAGUGACAAAGUUAAAGGAGUAAAUAAACAGACUGUUACAUCGACCAAGGUCGAUAAAGUUAAAUCAUCAACUGCACCUAAAGUAGAAGUAAAGACUACAACUGCCAAAUACGUCCCGGUAAUUAAAACAAAUAAUACAUCACCAAAGUUACAGACAAUCAAUAACAAUGAAUAUGAUGAAAAGGAAGAAAAGAACGGCCUGGUAUCCAGUACAGCCACAUCACCAGUACCAAAUAAAGUAUCAGAAGACAAAGCUAUUAAAAUAGAAGAUGCACCAAUUAAAGAGGAAAAAUUAAAUUCAUCAAAUGGAUCUAUUACGGCAACAACACCUAAGAAGCGUCAUAGAUUAGAAAUGGCAUCUAAUGAAAAUGUCUAUGCGUGUUCCAAACUAGACGUAUUGUCAUCCGUCGAGGAUAAAACAAAAAUCUCAGUUGAAUCUUACAUAAAUGAACUGAAAAUGAAACGGAAUCUCAUACCAAAAUUAGCUCCUACAACUGAAGAGGAAACGAAACCUGACAUUGUUGAGAGGAAAACUCUGAACUGCGAUUCGCAUCAGCCACCGAAAUUAUCACCAGAAACCGCAAAGAAAAAGGUGCGUAAACGAAGAGCAUAUAAUAGAACAGGAUUUCCCACUGUUAAAAAGAAGAAAAAGAAGCUACCUAUUUUGGCGCCCGAAAAUGCCACCCCUGAUACCAAACAUCACGAAAUUUGCGAUCGUGUGCCGAAGGACGGUGAAGAAUACACAGAAUUCGUGCAACGAACAAAGAACUCUGACACUUCGCCGACUCGCUCUGACAAACUAGAUGGAAUCUCCUUGUCCAAGUGGGAGCCGAUGAGCGACUGUGAUAGCUUGCCCCAGGAUGAAAGGAUUGAUGAGCUGGACGACAGCAGAUCGGAGCACAGGAUGCAACUGCGUCAGCGAGACUCGUCGCCUGCCACUUCGGUGGACACCAGAUUAAGUGAGAGCUAUAAAUCAAAACUGGACGAUAUCGAUUUAGACGAUGCGUCGUCAAUAUCACUGGAGUCAAGCAUCGAAAGACUGAAGAGUCGCCUUAACAAGCGGAAACGAAAACGUGGUUCGGACAAAUCUGAGACGUCGUCGACUGGUUAUCCUAAAAGAAGGUUGAGAGAUGUGUCACCUGCUAGUAGUAUCGAACCAAUCACCGACAAGAGGUUAAGAGCUGAUGACAGAGCUUCCGCUUCGGGCGACGAAAUCAAGAAAAACAGGAGACCACCCAAGUGGAAGAAGAAAUAUCUAGUUGCUGGACUUUUCUCGGAUUAUUACAAAGAGGAUGAUGAAGCGGCUCGUCAACGACGUAACGAUGUAGCAGCCUCCUCAAAAACACGUGCCGUAUACAAUCCGGAAGAACAUCCAUACGGUUUAUUACCGCCGCCUUAUCAUUGUGGCAAGUACCUGCGGUGUCGACGACUACCGUUUCAAUUGCCCUUUGAUCUUUGGUGGCAGCACACUCACUCUCAGUUGCCCGGCCGAGACUUGGUUCCGUCGUGGAACUACCGUAAAAUACGGACUAAUGUUUAUAGUGCUAAGAUUACGACUGGUGCGUGUGAACCUCAAUCCUGCAACUGCAAGCCCGAUUCAAAUUGCGGCGACGAUUGCAUUAAUAGGUUGGUUUUGGCAGAAUGUCCAGCAAGUCACAAAUGUGGCAAUCAAAGAAUCCAGCGUCACGAAUGGUCUCCAGGUCUUGAAAAAUUCAUGACAGACUCCAAGGGAUGGGGUGUACGCACAAAAUUGGCCAUCAAAAAUGGCGAGUUUAUAUUGGAGUACGUGGGUGAGGUUGUCUCAGACCAAGAGUUCAAAGAGCGCAUGGGUACCAUCUAUCAGAAUGACACACAUCACUAUUGCCUCCAUCUGGAUGGUGGCUUAGUUAUUGAUGGGCACAGAAUGGGUGGAGACGGUAGAUUCGUCAAUCACUCUUGUCAGCCCAACUGUGAGAUGCAGAAAUGGUCGGUGAACGGCCAGUUUCGCAUGGCAUUAUUCGCCUUGCGCGACAUUGAACCUAACGAAGAGCUUACGUACGACUACAACUUUUCAUUGUUCAAUGCAGCUGAAGGUCAAGAGUGUAAAUGUGGUAGUGAGAUGUGUCGUGGCGUCAUUGGCGGCAAGUCCCAAAGGGUUAGACAGCUUCCUCCACAAGAAGUAAUAAAACAUCAACCCGGUAGAGUUGGUAGACCGAGAAAGACCGAAGCCAAACGAAAAUCUGCUAAGGACGCCUCAAAAGAAAGCGUUACAGCUCCAGCUCAACUCCCACAACAGUUGCAAGCAAUACCCGCUGUCGCUGUUAAGCCCAUCAGUCAUCAACAGCGUUGUUUCGUAUUAGAACAUCACUGCUUCCUAUUGCGCAAUCUUGCAAAGGUACGAAAGGUACGAGACCGGUCAAUGGCUGCAGCUGUCUCAAUGUCAGCAGCGGCGUCAUCGUCAACGGCGAGAGCUCAGUCAGCCACACCUACGGCCGAUCAACAUCAAGGCAGCACUUUUCUUAAUCAUCUGAAUGCACUCCAGAAGCCUCGCAAUAUGAAGACGAGGCGAUUGGCUCAGGCGGAAGAAGAUCCAGAGCUCAGUAAAACAGUGAAGCUGGCUGCUGUACUUAAAGAAAUUUGGGUGGCAGUUACAACUGCUAAAGAUAACCAAAAUGAGUUAAUGAGCGCUCCAUUUAUGACCAUGCCAUCAAAGAGAAAGGUUCCCGAAUUCUAUACUCGAAUCAGCGACCCCAUCGACUUGACUACGGUCGAACAGAACAUUGCCACAGGAGUGUAUAAAACUCCGGAGGCGUUCAACGAGGACAUGAAUAGAUUGUUUGCCAAUUACAUCAAGUUUUACGGUCGGACAAACGACUUGGGAAUAGCCGCUGCGAAACUGAAGAAAAUCUAUACCGAGGCAAAACAACAGAGUCUGCAGAAAUUUGAGCAAGCUUUAGGACAGAAGCCUCCACCAACGUUUACAUCAGCUAAGAAAAACAAUGAAGAGGAAGAUAUAAUAAGAUGCAUAUGUGGCAUGCAUCGUGAUGAAGGCCUUAUGAUUCAGUGCGAACGUUGCUUGGUGUGGCAGCACUGUGAGUGCGUCAAGGCUGAUGCAUCAGCACCGAGCUAUCAUUGUGAAAUAUGCGUGCCUAGGGCCGUAGAUUAUGAAAUACCUUUAGAUGAAUUUACAGAACAUGGUCACAGGUAUUACUUGACAUUGAUGAGAGGCGACUUGCAGUUACGUCAAGGCGAUACUGUCUACGUUCUACGUGACAUUCCAAUACCUGGAACUGACAAGAAGCACACUUAUGACACAAUAGGAAAUAUUGAAUUUACGGAGCUGGACAUAUUCCGCAUAGAAAGACUGUGGAAGGAAACUGGAACUGGAAAGCGGUUGGCUUAUGGUCAUCACUACUUACGUCCCCAUGAAACUUAUCAUGAGCCUACAAGAAAGUUCUUCCCUAAUGAAGUAAUGCGUGUUCCCCUGUAUGAGGCGGUACCCGUCGAACUAAUAAUAUCCCAUUGCUGGGUAAUGGAUUUAAACACAUACUGCAAGGGACGGCCGAUAGGCGCCCCCGAAGAGCACAUCUACGUGUGCGAGUAUCGUGUCGAUAAAUGCGCACGUCUUUUCAGUAAAGUGUCAAAGAACAAGUUCCCGCUUUGUACCAAAUCGUUCGCCUUCGAACGCUUUGAACAGCGGCUUAAAGUUACGAGGACGUACACACCUCAUGACCUGGGACCAGCGGCUGCUAAUGCGAAGCCUCGUGGUCGCAAAACUCAAGAGGAGGAUAAGGAGACGAAAGAGAGUAAGGAAAUUGUGUCGCAGAGCGUCGCUCUUUCCGUGCCAACGAUAUGUGUGCCUGUUGUAAAGACUCGGGCGGAACAGAAAACCCGUUUAAACAAAAUUCUGAUAAACCUACUUGGUAAAAUGCCCGUAAAACAAGUUUUAGAUGUCUCAUACUUACUAGAAGGUGGACGUAGAAGGAAGAAACAAAACGAAAACUUUAACAAAAGCUAAUUUAUAAAACCUUUGUGAUAUUUUCAGAUAUUGUGUUUUAUUUUUACAAAAGCCAUUACUAGAAUGUAUAACGUUGAUUUUAUGUAUAAUAGGGUAAUUUUAUUGUUUAAUUGUUUCUUAUACACAUAACUUUAUAAUAGCUAGUCAUAGUUAUGUUAUUAAUUUUAUUACUCACAUUGUCAUUAUUUAUUUGUACAUAUAUAAAUUUGUUGCUAUAUUUUGACAAGUUAAAACAUUGUUAUAAUGUAUAGUUAUUAGUGAGUGAGCUUCAUUUCUUUUUACAACAUUAAAUGAUACUAAAUAUCCGGUAUCAACUUGGUACAAAUUUUAGCUCGUAUAUUUUCGGAGUCCUGUAUUACAAGAUAAAAUCAAAAUUGUUAUAUAUUUUUUGUUCUUUAAAGUAAUGCUCAAUAUGGAAAGUUGUCUUAAUCAUGAAAUUUAAACAGUCAAUAUACAUUUUUUAUACACAAAGACACCUUCCUUUUGAUCAUUAUAUCUGGUAUUUGCAGUUAAGUAUUAUUAAGUUUUUAACAAUUACUUUUUUUGCAUUUUAUUUUCUGUAUAUAUGGUAUUAUGUAAUAUCUAAUUUAUUGGUGACCUUAGGUUUUAAUUAUCUUGCCUGAUUAGAUGUAAGGUUUUAACAAGCUAUAUUACUUAAUAUUUAUAAUUAAGUGUUCUGAUGAACCUUUUUAUCUCAUAUUAGAAUAUUGAUAUACUUUUUAUUAAUAAAGUUGUUAUAUUUUCUA